CACGUGCAAAAUUUAAAAAACCCACCUACUUUUUUGAUGCAACUUGUCGAAGAUGCAUCAUGUCGGUGUCAAUUUUAGUCAUAACUUAUACAUUUCUACACAUAGCAGAAGGGUCAUUGGGUGACCAUUCCCCUUAUUAUCAGAGGUGUUUAGAAAAGUGUGGGUUAUUGAAUUGCACGGAUGAUGGGUUGCAUUUUCGAAAUUAUCAACAACCAAUUUAUUUAAAUUUGUUACAAUGGUCAUGUGAGGAUGAAUGUAGGUAUGAAUGUAUGUGGAAAACUGUUGAAGCGUUCCAUGAGCGUAAUUGGAGGACACCACAGUUUUACGGAAAAUGGCCUUUUAUUCGACUUUUUGGGAUACAAGAACCAGCUUCAGUGUUUUUCUCCCUGCUAAAUUUCUAUGCCCACAGUAAGAUGAUAAAAAAAUUCAGAAAGGAAGUACCAGACGAUAGUCCUUUGUAUUGGCUUUGGCAUGCAUUUUGUCUAGUCAGUUUAAAUGCCUGGUUGUGGUCAACCAUUUUCCAUACUCGAGAUUUUCCCAUUACUGAGCUUAUGGAUUAUGCGUGCGCCUUUUCGGUGGUACUUAUGUCGUGCUAUUGCAUGAUUAUGAGGAUUUUUCGACAGGCUCCAAGGUUCGUUCUAGUCACUAUCACCACAUUUUUUGUUGCGUUUCUAGCCAAUCAUGUGGCGUAUUUAGGCAUGGGCCGAUUCGAUUAUGGCUACAACAUGCAACUUAACAUUUUCAUAGGAACCUUUACUGCCAUUUGUUGGUUUGGGUGGAGCACGUAUAAUCGAGUUCGGCAACCUUACGUUUGGAAGUGUGCAAUAUUCGUAGCUUUAGGUGGUUUAGUGAUGUUACUCGAAAUAAUGGAUAGACCUCCGAUUUUUUGGGUUUUUGAUUGUCACUCAUUGUGGCAUUUUGCAACAGCUCCACUCACUUGUCUGUUUUAUAGUUUUGUCAUUGAUGAUUGUAAAUUUUUAAGAAAGGAGCAGCAAACUAGGGAGAAGAAGAUUGAUUAAUUGUUACAAUUUUAUUAAUACAAAACAAUUAUAUACACCAUGGAAAUGAAAAA